AUGGCAGCGACGAGUGCCCCACCGGUGGCCCCAUCAGACCCAUCCAGAGUCCCUCUCCCCCCUGUCUCCGAGAACGCGACCCUCCAGACCGAGCCCAGACCCUCGAACGCAUCCUCCCGUCCACCAUCUGUCCAGAACGUCCCCCAAUUCGCCUUUUCCAACACCCCAGCUCCACACAGCGGCAUGCCCUAUAACAUGCCCUUCAUGUCACCUUCAAACAUCAGCACCUCUCCACCACUCAUAUCUACAAACAACAGUAACAGUGCAGCAACCAAAAUUGACAUUGACCGGAUUAUGCGACAGGAUGAGGCGGCCAUGAACGACUUUGUCCCACCUCGUCAGGCCAUGAACAGCGACGAGUCUGACUUUGAUUGGGACGAGGACAUCAACAUUGUCGAGAGCGGACAGGCCCACAAGAAGCGGAGCAAGGACAAUGGGUCCUGCUGGCGAAAACUGUCUCCCUUCCUCCGGAUGGUCAUCUUAGUCCUUGUGGGUUCACCCAUUAUUGCCCUGCCUGCGAUUCUCGUAUCUGUCUUCAGGGACGAUGACCAGGAGGGGGAAUACCCGACCAAGGCGACUGUGAUGCUGAUAUUUGUUUGGCUCUCGUUCAUGUGGGGCAUUAUCUUCGUUACCAACUGGGGCAUUGACAUGGUUCCCGUUAUCGUCGUUCGUCUGACCGGCUUUGUCACCGGCUCCCGAUCUGAGGACCUGAAGUCCAAGCUCUUGAUGUUCGUGGCAUGCAAAAAAUACCUCAAGUGGCUCAUCGCCUCCUGCUGGGCCAUCGGCUCCUUCACCUUCCUCUCCAAAUCGCCCUACAAUACCACCAACGACCAAAUGGUGACCAUCUUCAUCGAGGUCCUCGGUUGUCUCGUCGCCGGAUCUGCACUUGUUUUUAUUGAGAAGAUUCUUUUACAUCUCAUCUCGACAAACUUCCACCAGACCGCCUAUGCGGACCGGAUUGCGGAAAACAAGUAUGCGCUUACUGUUUUGGAUCGCCUUUCGACCUCCAAGAAGGUGAAUGUUAAGCAAGCCAAGGGUGCGAGACCGGGCCAUAGUCGCCAUAAUACCGCAGAUAAUGUCAACCUGCAGAACAGCAACUUUGUCAACAUGAACAACAAUACUGCGUCCGAGUAUGCCUUCCCGACGGGGUACCUUUCUACACAACCAUCGCGGUCCAACAGCAUUGAGGUCCACGGAAACAACAACGGAGCCGUCAAGACCAGCAACAAUGGGAGCCCUGGUCGAAUUGGUGGAUCAUUGGACGGAAGAGAAAUCCUGCACGAGAUCCACGGCGAUGCUACCACGCCUCCCAAGACCACAGAAGCCAUGAUCCUCAACUCGACUCCCCUGACCACCCCAAACGACAUGAUGAAGACCAACAGCCGCCAAUCGACCCUCGUCCCCUCCAUUCGCCACCAACACCGUGGUCAGCGCGACAGCAAGAUCAAGAUCGGAGACAACAACAUCUUCAAGGGCAUCAACCGUCGUCUCCACGGGAUCGCCCUCGCCAACAAGAGCUCGCCCUCCAAGGACAUCGGUUCCACCGCCAACGCCAAGCGACUCGCCAAGACUUUGUUCUAUAACCUCCAAACCAACGGCGAGGACCUGGUCGUCGAGAACUUUUAUCCGUACUUUUCGACCCAGGAAGAGGCCCUCGCCGCAUUUAACAUUUUUGACAAGGACGGGAAUGGAGAUAUUUCCAAGAGUGAGAUGAAGGAGAAGAUCUUUUAUGUCUACAAGGAGCGAAAGGAUCUGCAUACCUCUUUGAGGGAUUUGUCCCAGGCCGUGGGCAAGUUGAAUGCGAUCUUUUUGACGAUUGUGGCGAUCAUUUGGUUGCUUAUUAUCCUUUCGAUCUUUGGCAAGGAUAUUGUCAAGAACAUGUUGUCGAUUGGUUCUUUCCUCGUCGCGCUCAGUUUUGUCUUUGGCAACUCGGUCAAGACCCUCUUUGAGAACAUCGUCUUUCUCUUCAUCACUCACCCAUACGACUCUGGCGACCUAGUAAGCAUCGAAGGAUCAGACAUGUACGUCCGGGAAGUGGGUCUCAACUCCACCACAUUCGUCACCUGGGACGGCAAACGGAUGUACUACCCCAACAACCUCAUCUCCCAAAAACCCAUCCACAACGUCCGUCGUUCCCCCAACAUGACCGACAAGAUCGUCCUCAACAUCGACUGCUACACACCCCAAUCCAAGAUCUUUGAACUCCGUGCCCGCAUGCGCGAUUAUCUCAUUCGCGAAUCGAAGGACUUUUUGCCGGAUUUGGAGAUUCAGAUCCAGGAGAUGGAUGCAAAGUUGAAGAUUAGUAUGUGUAUUGAACACAAGGGUAAUUGGCAGGAUUCCGGGAGGAGGUGGGCGAGAAGGACGGCGUUUAAUUACGCGCUCAAGGAGGCUGUGGAGGAGAUUGGGAUUCAGUAUUAUGCGCUGCCGCAGAGGGUUGAGGUUUAUGAUAAAGGCGAUGUGGCGAUGCGGGACCUUUCUUUGGACCCGUUGCAGGGCGGUUCCAGUCCUGGUGGUCUUGGACGUGAGAGAGUCGGAGGUGAGACGGCGGCGACGUUGGGACCGAAUUCGCCCUUGCGCCAGUACUCGCCUGAGCAUGUUGCGCGUCUUUAUCGUCGCACGACUAUCAAAAAGCCCCAAGGCGAAGGCGGCGGCGGCGAGUAG